CAACCAAUCAGGAGUGUCCAGACUGUAAAGGCGGAAAGAAAUCACGGAAGUGCUGCAAAGAAAACACGAAAGGAGAGGACGACACCCUUAAAUGGAGAAAGAUAAAGCUGCAGUUUUGGCCACAGAGAGAUAUGGCAGUGCAGAGUCCUGGAAGUAUUUUGGAAAGGACGGAGUGAUGGAGAGGAGAAGAGAUGGGAGUGAAGGUGAAUCAAGUGGAAACUCUAUUGUUGGAGUUUUUAAAAGUGUCUUUCUGCCUCAAGGCUAUCCAGAGAGUGUCAGUAACGAUUACCUGCAGUACCAGUUGUGGGAUACUGUGCAGGCUUUCUCCAGCUCUCUGUCAGGGACUCUAGCCACUCAGGCCUCUCUCAAAGGUGUCGGUGUUGGAAACCAAGAGGCAACAGUAGCUGCAGCCACAGUCACCUGGUUACUAAGAGAUGGAACUGGCAUGUUGGGAAGAAUCCUCUUCGCUUGGAGGAAAGGGAGCAAACUGGACUCUGAGGCCAAAAAAUGGAGACUUUUUGCUGAUGUUCUCAACGACAUUGCCAUGUUCAUGGAAAUAUUGGCUCCAUUCUCUCCUGCUUGUUUCACCCUGAUUGUGUGCACUGCAGGGAUAUUCAAGUCCAUUGUUGGAGUGGCAGGCGGAGCGACCAGAGCUGCUCUGACUGUUCACCAGGCUCGCAGAGACAACAUGGCUGACAUCUCUGCCAAAGAUGGCAGUCAGGAGACCUUAGUGAAUCUGGCUGGACUGCUGAUCAGUUUGGUACUCAUUCCCCUCGUCACUGAUAAUCCAAUAUUGACUCUCAGCCUCUUCUUCCUCUUCACCAUUCUCCACCUCUUUGCCAACUACAAGGCUGUGCGUUCGGUUGUAAUGGAAACCUUCAACGAGGCCCGGCUUUCUAUCGUACUGCAGCAGUACCUGAGAGACAGACGGAUCCUGGGUCCACUUGAGGCCAAUCAGAGAGAACCGGUUUUCUUGGAGUUUAGGAAAACUGUGCCAAUCAAACUUGGAGUGAGGCUACGGGAGGUUGCACAAAGCCCGGAGGAACUGAAUUUGGCUUUGAAGAAAAACAACAUGCCUUAUCUAUUAGGAGUACGAAAUGGUUGCAUAUGUGUGUGUUUGGGACCAGAAGCAUCAGUACAUGAUGAAAUCAGAGUAAUGUGCCAAGCUCUGUGGCUCAGCAGCAUGUUGAGUACGCCAGCUUCCAGAGGACUUCCUACACAACAACAGCAAAGUCACUGGGAAAUGGUGCAUGAGAGUCACAAAUUGAUGGACAAAAUUUUCAAUCCAUUUCUCAAAGGUGUGGAAGCUGCAGGAUGGGACAUAAAACGAUCUCUACUGGACUGGGAUGAAUGGAGGGUCGAGUGGAAAUCAAAAAGCAACUGAGCUGUGAGACGUCUGCAGCCAUUUCGCAUUGUUUAUAUCACAUUUUUUAAUUAAACAGUGAUGUUUUGAAGUA